CGAUAGACCGAUAAUAACUAGCUACGGCUCCGUAGAAUUUAUUUACUAAAAUUUCUUGGGGAUUUCUGCGAAGACAAGUGACCCCGACCCACCGUUCUCCCGCCGCCACCCCGUCGACGGAAUAAAUUAACUAGAAUAAUACUUAUCGCUCUGGAGCGGGCAACAAAAACCACGUCGCUCUUAAGUCGCCGUAAAUACAAACUCACGGCAUUAUCAACGCCGCAUUUUCAAACCGAACGCGCUGUGUUGCUGACGUGGUUGCAAUUGUUAAUUAGUGUUCAGUUUAGAUUUGUUAAUUAAUCAAUAGAAACGAUGCUGGCAAAGACUCUAAUCCUGUUGGGUCUACUGGCCUUGGCCCAGGGUUACAGCUUCACCUCGCGGGAGGUAAAGUGUCACGUGUGCAAGGCCACUGUAGGGGAAAUGGAGGAGGCGAUAGCCAAGGAGGAUCCCCAUAAGAUGGCCGAUGUAAGUGGCUUCCGACUGGAUUCCCAGGGGAAUUCGAUUAGCAAGCGUGUGCGCCUCAUCAAGUCGGAGAUGUUCCUCACGGAACUGAUGGAGAAGAUAUGCGAAAAAAUGGACGACUACCUGAAGGCUACCUACAAGAGCAAUGGCAAAUUCACGCUGCUCAAGAUGAUCGUCAAUGGACAGAUGAAUCCAGACUCUUCGUUGGUGGACUUUGUCCAAGACGGCGACCUCAAUAAGAGCCUGGGCCACUUUUGUAAUGAGGUGCUGGAGGACAAUGAUGAAGCCUUCAUUAAGGCUUUCCAGGCCGAGGAGCUGGGCAACGAUCUGGACAUUAAGAUCUGCUCAGAGCAGGCCAAAUACUGCAACGAGUCGCCCAUCCAGGAGGAGUACAACUUCGAUGAAAAGGAUGAGCUGUAGCGAAGCCCAGAGGCUUAGCCUAGUCUAAUUAACGAAUUUCCUUGAUCGCCACCGCCAGUGCUGAUCGUCGUACUGAGUAAUGUUUAGCUAAAAUUACUAAAAGAACAGAAAAACCCCACAAAAGCCGAUUGUUAACAAUUAGAUACGACAAUAAAUUUGAUGUGCAAUGCCCUCCA